AUGCAUUCCUUCAGAGACAAAGUUACACAGAAGCUCUCCCAUCUCUUUCCCAACUCCUCCUCGCCCCAGAAUUAUGUUUUAUGGCUUGUGUACAUGACUGACGUUAAAGGACGCCAAUGGGUCUUACUUUAUAGUACGUUAAAACAUGGAGUAUCACUCCGAACACUUAUCCGCAAGAGUGCCGAGCUUUCUUGUCCUGGUUUACUGAUUGUGGGAGAUAUGCAAGGUGCUGUGUUUGGUGGGCUGUUAGACUGUCCCUUGAAACCUACAGCAAAGCGAAAAUAUCAAGGAACAAACCAAACUUUUGUCUUUACAACUGUAUAUGGUCAGCCAAGGCUGUUUCUACCUACUGGUCUCAACCGAUACUACUACAUGUGUAUGAGCGACUUACUUGUACUUGGUGGUGGGGGUAAUUAUGCUUUAUGCUUAGAAGAAGAUUUGUUAUCUGGAACUAGUGGGCCUAGUGAAACAUUUGGAAACUCAUGUCUAGCUCAUAGCCCAGAGUUUAAGUUGAAGAAUGUCGAGUAUAAAAGUUAUGAGUCCAGUCUCCUUUGUGGGGUUUUGCACAUGCUUCCCCUUUUCAAGGCUAAGAUGCUUUUGUUUGAUGUCCAAAAGAAGCGUCUCUCUUCUACUUCUCUUUGGAUGGGUUACACCAUGUUGCAGGAUGUUUUUGAUCAGCCACUGCCACCAAAGGCCGAACAGCAACAGCAACUCCCCAUUGAUGAAAUUUCAAGCCCUCUUAGUGCUCGAAUUUUCGAACUAUGUAACGCUGAAUUUUUCCCAGAAGCUUUGCCAAAUUCUGAGGUUACUUCCAGCUCAAACUGUUGCUAUGAGGAGAACUCCUCAUAUGCCGCAACAAACAUAUCUUUAACUGUAGAUGUAGAAAAUAAGUUGAAUAACAAUGGCAACACCGUCACCACGCCAACUAGCACCACCACUACCACCACCAACAACAACACAACCAACAGUAGUAACCUGUCUAUUAUAUUUGACUCCCAAGAAGAAAUUGAUAAUGACAUCUCUGCCUCCAUAGACUUCUCGCUAUCUCCAUCUUUCAAUGCUCCCCCAUUUCUCCCAGUCACAUCCCAGCAAGAACAGUUUGAUUUCUCUUCUGUGCAGCCUCAGGUCCAAUUACCAGCAUGUUCAGUUGUGGAGGGCUUCUCUCAGUAUACCACUGACUCCGUUGCACCACCUCUCAUGGGAGCUCCAUUACCUUCUGUUUUUGAAGAGGAUUGCAUAUCUUCUGUCCCUUCUUAUGUUCCUCUCAACCCUUCAUCUCCUUGCACUUAUCUCAGUCCUGGCAUGCCACCGUACAUGACUCCCGGCCCCCUUACUACUGCCUUAUCAACUGAUAGUUCUGGAUUUUUUGGUGGGAACAUUCUUCUUGGUUCUGAACUUCAGACACAAGAAUUGGAAUACCAAGGAGAAAAUGGAAGAAUAUAUUGUACAGAUUCAAUUCAGCGAGUGUUUAACCCUCCAGACCUUCAGGCACUUGGCACUGAGAGUCAGCAACUAAUUCCCGGGGGUGGUAGUUCUGCCACUCUAACACCUGAAAUCUCAAACUUAGAGGAUUCCUCAUUCAAGGUUGGAAAACUUUCUGUAGAGCAAAGGAAAGAAAAGAUCAAUAGAUACAUGAAGAAAAGAAAUGAAAGAAACUUCAGCAAGAAAAUUAAGUAUGCCUGCCGCAAAACUCUGGCAGAUAGCCGACCUCGGGUUAGAGGAAGGUUUGCAAAGAACGAUGACUUUGGCGAAACCAAUAGAACUACUAGUAGCAAUCAUGAAGAUGAUGAUGAAGAAGAAGUAGUUGUGAAAGAUGAAGAUGAUAUGGUUGACUCCUCAGAUAUCUUUGCUCAUAUCAGUGGGGUGAACUCCUUCAAAUACAACUAUUCCAUCCAUGAGGAACUAGUGUUGGCUAAAUUGAAGGGCUUUUCUAAUACAACUCAGUCACAGCACUCUAAACAGGAAGCAUGCAAGCUUGGUGAUGGUCAAGGCUAUGUAUCAGCUGUUAUGUUGGUGAAUGCCCCUCCCAAAUCCAAAGAUGGGAGUGGGAAGAGCAUAGCAGGGCAUGUAGGGCAGGUUGGCAACUUUAGGGUACUAAAAAUCGAGGGCACUUCCAGCGAAAGCAAGACCAGGGACAUGGACGGGCAUCUGGCUGGGCUGGGCUACAAGGUCCGCUCAUCGGAACUCUGUCAAGUGGCUGAGAAUAUGGAGCGUUUAGAGAACGCCAUCAACACUGUCAACUCAUCCAGGGACAUUUCUCAAGUCGUCUCCGACACACUCCUCUACGAUCCCUCCAACAUAGGUUUAGGUUCUUGGGUCGACACACUUCUCUCCGAGUUGGACCAAACGGUGUCGUUGCCCUACGAUCUGUGUUCGGACCUACCUGAUUUGCCCACGGAUCCGAACCGCCAACUGGGGAUGGUAACCACCGUCGAAGAAGACUCGGGGAUAAGACUCGUUCACACGCUCAUCACGUGUGCGGAUUCCGUGCAACGUGGCGACCUCCCGUUCGCUGGCUCCCUCAUCGACAGCAUGCAGGGCCUUCUGGCUCACGUGAACACCUCCUGCGGCAUCGGGAAGGUGGCCGGCUACUUCAUAGACGCCUUGCGCCGCCGAAUCUCGUCUCCGCAAAACGCCGUGUUCCCAACCUCCCCCUACGAGAACGACGUUCUCUACCACCACUACUACGAGGCCUGCCCCUACCUCAAGUUCGCGCACUUCACCGCGAACCAGGCGAUCCUGGAGGCGUUCAACGGCCACGACUGCGUUCACGUCAUAGACUUCAACCUGAUGCAGGGGCUUCAGUGGCCGGCGCUCAUACAAGCGCUAGCGCUUCGCCCGGGAGGUCCGCCGUCGUUGAGGCUGACCGGAGUGGGACCCCCCUCACCAGACGAGCGCGACACGCUGCGCGAGAUCGGCGCCCGGCUGGCGGAGCUGGCGCACUCGGUGAACGUGCGGUUCGCGUUCCGCGGCGUGGCUGCGUGGCGUCUGGAGGACGUGAAGCCGUGGAUGCUGCAGGUGAGUCCGAAGGAGGCGGUGGCGGUGAACUCGAUCAUGCAGCUGCACCGGGUGCUUGGCUCGGGAAUCGAUGCGGUUCUUGGCUGGAUCCGAAGUCUAAACCCUAAGAUCGUGACGGUUGUGGAGCAGGAAGCGAACCACAACGGGGAAGGGUUUCUGGAGCGAUUCACCGAGGCUCUGCACUACUAUUCCACCGUCUUUGACUCGCUGGAAGCGUGUUCAGUCGAACCGGACAAGGCUCUCGCGGAGAUGUACCUGCAGAGGGAGAUUUGCAACUUGGUGUGCUGUGAGGGACCGGCCCGGGUAGAGCGGCACGAGCCCCUGGCGAAGUGGAGGGAGCGGCUCGCUAAAGCCGGGUUCAGACCCUUACAUUUGGGCUCCAACGCUUACAAACAAGCCAGCAUGUUGUUGACUCUCUUCUCAGCCGAGGGUUACUGCGUCGAAGAGAAUCAAGGCUCCUUGACCCUUGGUUGGCAUAGCCGGCCCCUCAUUGCGGCUUCGGCUUGGCAAGCCGCGCCACUAAGAGAAGGCGAAACGCUGCGUUUCCACCGUUGA